UUUACCGGCUAAUAAACCUACAAAGUUCAAGAAAGAGGUGCUGGAGGGCGUAUCGUCAGGUUAUGAUUACAGCUGUGAAAUAUUUUGAAUCUAAAAUUUUCAAAAUAUUGAAUAAAAAUACACAUAAAUCUAAAAAUUGAAUUUACAGAAUAAUGACAGACGAAAGAAAUUUUCGUUCCUCUUAUUAUGAGAAGAUGGGAUUUCGUAGCGUUGAGGAAAAGAAAUCCUUAGAAAUAUUAUUGAAAGAACGUCCCUUCGAUAAAGCAAAAUUGAAACAGUUCUGCUUACGAUUUACAGUGCCAACAAUACAUAGAACUUUCUUAUGGAAAAUAUUGUUGGACGUGAUACCAGUGUACGUAGACAGUCAUGAAUUUAUAUUGAAUCAAAGAAAAGCGGAAUUCCAGGACUUGCAGAAAGCACUUAAAGUUACCAAGAUUUUAGACGAUUGCACAAAACCACAUUUGAUGUUCCUUACCAUGUGGUUAUUACGCAAUAGACGAGCUAAACUCGACAUGAGUGCUCAGUUAGAAAUACCUCUUCAUAGUCAUUUCAGAGCUAUGAGUAGAAUGGCUGAAACAUUAUGGCACAUUAUAGAUAUCGAUUCGGAUGAAAAAAAAUUGGUGGACACAUAUUGGAUAUUGUGUGGUCUAUUAGACCAAGUACAAAAGUUUCAUAAAGAAGUGAAUAGGUUGCAGGAAUGUACUUGUACUUUGUUAGAAAGGGAAGAUCCAGAACUAUAUAAACAUCUUAUUAAAAUUGAGGCACUUCAUAACAUUCCAUACGAUGUUUGGUUCUGUUCGUGUUUUGCAGGAACAAUAUCUAAUGGUUCUAUAGCAAAAAUUUGGGAUAAAAUAGCUGUGGGUGCACAUAGAAUUUUAAUUUUUGUUACUGUAGUUACGCUGACAACAUUAAGACGACUCUUAUUACGAUGUGAAAAUAUAGACGGUGUAUUAGACACUAUUAGUAAUAUAACAGAAGAAACUUCAGAAAUAAUUGUUAACAAAGCAAUUGAAUCUUGGCAGCAAAGUGGCUCAACAUUGACAACCAUUUCACAAAUAGUAUAAAUGAAAUUAAAAUGAUAGAAUAAUAUUUGUAUUAUGUGAUAAAAUGUAAAUAUGUAAAAAAAAAUCUGUUGUAAGUGAAAAUUUAUUUGUUAAACAUAUGUAUCUUGUAUCUUAAAAAUAAUUAUUUUUAUUAAUGCAUCCGUCAUACAUUUUACAUAUACAAUUACUUAAUUUAUUGAGGUGUUAAGUCUUAAACUGGACUUCCUAAUAUUGUGAUUCUUUUGUUUUCUUCUUUGCAAUGUUAUAUUACAACAGUGUUAAUGUACUCCAGUGUAUAAGAGCAAGUUAA